AGAGCCUCCGUCAGAGGAAGCUCAAGAGAGCUUCUCUUCCACGCCGGUCAGACGUCUUUUGGAAGAGACGUUGCAGGCUUUAUAGGAUGGCGCUUUCCUCGUUACCGUCGAGCAGCUGGUUGGUGACGUUCCGGGACCCGCGGGAAAUAUGGGACCUGCACCCGACAUUGCUCAUCAAUGAGGUCACCGUCUUUUUGGUGGCGGCAGCGAGCGCUGUGCAUGCAAUCCGCAAGGGCGGGCGGUGGCGGUACAUGUGGGUGGGUAUAAUUCUGCAUGGCCUCAUCGUCGAGUCCAUCAGCUACCUCCUGCCAAACAUCGACAACUUCUGGCAUGCGCAGAGUUCCACGAUGCUCCUAGGCCAGAGACUCCCAAUGCACAUCAUCGUGCUCUACCCGAUGAUGAUUUACCAUGCGUACGUAGCCGUCAAUCACAUGGGUCUCCCGUGGUGGGCCGAGCCGUUCGCCGUGGCACUGGGGAAUUUGCUCAUAGACAUACCCUUCGACAUCAUGGGCAUCAAGCUGCUGUGGUGGACAUGGCAUGAUACAGACCCCAAUAUAUUUGACCGCCAUUACUGGGUUCCGUGGACAUCCUACAUAUUCCACAUGACAUUCUCCUUCAACUUCACGAUGCUCACCAAUGCCUCAAGGUGGCUGCUCACAGGCAGCUCCUCAAGAGACAAGGUUGGAGGUAGUUUUAUCGCCGAGGUGCUGACGGUGCUCAUCCCUGGUUUCCUGUCCUUCCCCGUGGCGGUGGCCACGCAGUUCACGUUGCUUUACCACGUACUGCACGACAUCCUUGAGAUCCACACAGAGAACCUGGUCUUCACUCUCAUAGCCAUCUACGUGUUCAUGGUGUGGAUUGGUGAACGUCACGCAGACAGGGGGGCAGGGAGCAGAGCCGAGAGAGGGAAUGGUGGGACCUGGCUGUUGGGCUGGCUGUCGCACGAGACUGCAUGGGCCAUGCUAUUGCACUUCAUUGUUUACACCUUGAUGGCAUACUUCGCGACUCCUCAAACGCAGCUGUCAAUCGGGCUGCACGAACCGCUGGGCCCAUGCGAUGCACCGGACGUCGUGGUCAUGUCGCCGCUGGGACAGGCGCUCAGCAAGCGUGCCUACCUGUGCACCAGUGACUACGACGAGGACUACUUCAGUAUGGAUUGUAACUGGCUGCUCAAAUCACAUAAUCUGACCCGGCAGAGUGUGACAGCUCUCCCUGACAGCAAUGGAAUUACUCACUGGUACGCUGUGUGUGGGAAGCCAUACCCUAACUCGUACGAGUACAUUCACGCCGUGGGGAUGCUGUGUGCCAUGGGGCUCGCGUUUUUCCACACGGCAUUAACACCACGCCCGCAGCCUGGGCGAUUGGCUAAGCACAAGAGUAACUAGUGGAGCACACGAAAAAACAUGCAGUACACAAUUACAAAUAUAUACACACACACAUGCAAUUACUAAUACGUACACUUGCUGCUGUGUUAUUUACAUGCGACUCGACGCGUUCAUUACGUACGACGUUGGUGGCACAGCUCAAGUUCUGCAAUGGAAAACAACUUGGUGGAUUCAGGGUCCAAAUUUGCCAAAUAUGGCAUGGCGUAGUAGUAGCACAUUGCACGCACGCAACAUUAGCAACACACGCAUAUGCACAAUUACGAACAUAUGCACACAAUUAUUAAUGUGCACACACAUACACAAUUACCAACAAGCACAAAGACAAAGAUUCUCCAUAUACCCUUAACAUACUUUCGGGGCAAGUUCUGCUAGCGAGCACCUAUGAAGACCAGCAAGGUAGACGAGGGGGUGGAUGUCCAACACCACGCCCGACCGCCUUUGUCUCCCCAGUGUCGAUGUUUACAGACCGCACCAGGUACUCAUUUGAGGAUCGGUUCAGAUAAUCGUCACUGGUGUUAGCCGUGAGCAGGAAUCGAACUCGGGUCGUUUGGUUCUUAGAGCAAUACACGAACCGCUACACUUCCACUCCCCACAAUUACACACACACACAAUUACCAACACACACAAAACACACAAGAACAUCUGAUAAAGCAUGGAUGGACAGAUAUAUACACAUGCACACAAAUAUUUGCAAGAACUCGCCCAUAAGCUGGUUGGUGAUUAAAUCUUGAUUUGAAGCUUUCGUGACUGCAGGAAUCCAUACUCUUUGGUUCUUUCGGUAAAGUCACGUAUUUUAUACCUACGUGACUUUACCGAAAGAACCAAAGAGUGAUUCAUAGCGUUCAAAGUGUCAUGUAAUUGUUUCUAUCGACUAGACUCACUAGAGGCAGCAGACCCACAUGGCUUAAUAGUGUUUAACGAGUGGGCACCUGCCUUUGCUAAAGUACAGGUUCGGCAGCUUCAAAUAUCAGCCAUAUAUUUUCAUAUUAAAUACACAUGAAUUAACAGAUUUUUUUUAUUUCGUAAAAUGUUUGUGAUGUUAGCAGCAUUACUGUCAUAAUAAAAAAAAUUACUGUGAAUCGGA